AGAUUACUUUCACCUGCAAGUCGGUAGGCAAACUGCAGGUUAUAGUUUGUCAACAAAGACGAAGUCCUCCUUUUCUAUUUUGGUCAAGUACACGAUUAAAACCGUUAGGCCGUUGUAUAUGCUUUGCUGUAAUGCAUCGUUGUAUCCAGUAAAUUUGAGUUUGGAGUAAAAAAUGACAGCUAAACAGCGCAGAACCAAGUCAUCUGCAAAGCAGAAUAACCACCAAGCAUUGGAAGAAAAACAAACGGCGAAGGAAUCUAGCACAAAUGCAGACAAUGUCAAACCAGUGCCUAAGCGAAAAACUAAAAGUGUUCGUUCGAGCAAAAUCAAUUGGAUUAUCACAGGAUUGUUGUUGGUUGCUGGAGUUGUUCUUGGGCUGUUAUGGGCCUAUGGAUAUUGCGAGGGAGGAUCAAAACGAGAGGAAUACGAAUUCAAAAGGGUUGCCUUUCCUGAUUUCAACAUAAGCAGAGGAAUCGAUCGGCGGUCAAAUUUGUCCCUGGACGAGUUUAUAGAACUUUAUGAUGCAAAAUGGCCUGUUUUGGUUACCGAUGCGAUGAAGAGCUGGCCAGCUAUGCGGAAAUGGAGCAAGAACUUUUUCAUGUCAAACUAUGGCAGUGAAGUCAUAGCUUUCAAAGGGAUUUCGGGAAAACUGCACCAACGACAAGGCCUUGCAGCCCCUUUGGGUGUUUUCUUACAACACAUUGGAGAGUCAACCCGCAGCCAAUGGUCAUAUCUUGAAGAUGAAGUGUUUAUGUUUCGAAAUCCUGAAUUGCUUAAAGACAUUGAUACACCGAUUUAUUUGAAAGAGGACUUCUUUUCCUUGCUGCCAGAAGAGAUAAGGCCAUGGAAUGCAAUGUUGCUUUGGGGUACCAAAUAUUCAAGAUCAACUCUUCAUAUUGAUCCUUACAACUGGACUGGAACCAAUGCAGUUAUAAGUGGCAGAAAACAAUGGAAGCUUUACCCUCCUGGACAAGACCACUUGCUGUAUGUUCCCCCUGGAAGGAAAUCUGGCUUCCCCCUUGACUGCCCCAAGUAUCAGAGCCCUGUAGAUACGUUUGAUUAUGAUGUUGUUAAAUACCCCAAGUUCAAGCAUGCAAAGGCGCUAGAGUUUGUUCAAAUGCCAGGUGAAAUGCUUUUCAUUCCAACUGGCUGGUUUCAUCAGGCUUAUAACAGAGAGGAAACUAUGGCAAUCAGCAGCCAAGUCUGGAAUUCGCAAAAUCUAAAACAAGUGAUGGAAGAAAUUGUCAAAGGAGGUAAUGUGCGAAGGCCUGAUAUUCCUGCAGAUUUGGAUUCUUAUUCACCAAACAGCCAGGUCGAAGCAAUCAUCUCUAUGUUUCCACCCGAAAUAAUUGAACAUGGAAAAAAGGUUAACAGAGACAUAAUGGACCAACUAGACAGGGUGGCCAGGCGCGCGCAAACUUCUGCUCCCUGAAUCAUCUUUUUGCAUUUCAACGUUUUUAGAGAGUUAUUUUUCUUAUAAUCUAAAUUUGCAAGUCACAUUUUGAUAGCUGUCUUUCUAAAAGUCGGGCAAGGUUUUGUCAGGGGGCUGUGUUUGACAUUGAAGUGUUUUACUGAUCUUUCUUCAUCGAAAUUAGGUAAAGCUCCAAUCAGUCAGAGACUCAAGAUACCCUAUUACUAAUCCCACCCUGCUCUCUUAUUAAAGCUCUUUAAAGUUAAAGAAAGAUAAAGGGCUUAUGAGGAUGUACAAAUUGUUUUAUACCCCUGCACAGUCUUUUAAGACGCCUAAAGGAUCCCCAGUAUCAUUUUUCUUGGACCCCUCCUUGUGUAGAACUGACCCCCACCUUCAUUCAUAUUUGUUCAUUUUUCCAAAAUGAAAGCUAGUGAAGUACACCCCCUUUGAAAAUUUCAUGACAUGAGAUCUUUAGAUUUUAGAUAAAUAUGUUUUCAUAUGCUAGGUAGUACCCUUAUUAGCAUUGAUUUCAUUUUGUUAUUUAGAUCAUAAUUUAUUUCACAAUAUUGCAUAUUUUAAAUUUCGAAAGAGGUUUUUAUAGAAGAUAUUUGCACGUUCAUUGGA